AUGAUUUCGACUAUCGUUACUCGAUGGACGGUGAUAUUCGGUCGGAUAUCCAAGGAAAUAUUGGUGGAGGAAACAGCCGGCAUAACCGAGAAGAUUAUCCUCGGGGAGAAGCUCAACCGACGCUGGCCAGGAAGAACCUUCGCACGCCGACUCCAGGACUCCAGGACUCCAGGAUUUGGCGGCUCGCUGGCUAUCUCUGCUCCGGGAUCCUUUGUCAGACUUACGAAUAAGAUGAGCGAUGCUUAUCUGCCCUUGUCUAAAGCCGUGAGCAGCACGAAAGGCAAUCCGUUACCUAACGGGUUCCAGUUUUCCGGAAGCGGUGGUGCCGGUGGCGACGGCGGGGGUCCGUUUGAUUGCCCCAAUUCUCGCCCUCAGACUCUCGCCGAUUAA